AUGUUUUUACCUCCAAAGCUAACGGUGCAUCAAUAUUUGGCGUCUGAAGGAUUGACACUGCUUAUCCCGCCCUCCUCUGCUGCCAACCGUCCGCAGGCUGGGGAUGAUGAGCCAUCCGAUUUCUCCGGAGUGUCCGGUAAAAUUAUUAGAAGAACCGUAUUCGCACCCCUCUUCUACAUAAUAUACGUACUGACGACUGCGUCUGCCUUUCCGCUCAUAAUCCGCUGGAUCCAUGGCUGUGCAGGCUGGUCCCUCACACCCAAGUUUUCGAAAAUCCUUGAAGGGAACUGGCCAAUUCCGAAACGAUCAGCCUGUGCAAAUUGGUUCGUUGUCUUGAGUCAGUGUGGGAUGCACUUGUGCGACCGUUCAAAGACCGCUAAUUGGCCUCUGACCCUUGUGAUAACUGAAUGCCAUGGUAGAAUUGUUUUUCUAAACCAAGAUAUUGUGAGGCGUGUCGGACGACCACACUCCAUCGUUUCUCUUGAAGCGAAAGUAUGGGCGAUGAGAAGCUGA